AUGGCUGAUACAACAACAACGACAGGAGUAAAACCUUCUGUCGUUCGCUUCAAUGUCGAUCAACAAUGUCCUAUUCAGUAUGUUACUGUCUAUAACGAUCGUGCAGAAGUGACACGCUCCUUACAACAUCAUUUUGACGCUGAAGGCACAUAUGAUCUUGUGUUCAAUGGCUUUUCGACAUUUGUCGAUGAAACAUCGUUACAUGUCAGUGGUGGGACGGGCAAAUCAUGCACCAUUCUUGAGGUGUCGUAUCAAAUACGAUAUGAAGAUGUCGCUCCACCAUCGGAUUUGACACCUCUAGAUAAUCUCCAAAGUCAACUCGAAAAUGUGCAAACUAGUGUAGAGAUGCACAAACGCGAAUUGACACGACUCGAAAAGCAACGUGUAUGGCUUGAUGGACGCUCAGUCAAAUUAAUGAAUCAAGAUGGACCAUGUACGACCAAUGAUUUGGAUAAUAUGCAGCAAUUUCUCGAGUUCUAUCGCAAAAUGCUGUUAAAACUUGAUGAUGAAACAGCACGCGAAAAAGACGAAAUCAAGAAGUUAAGUGAUCGUGAAAAUACUUUGAAAGCUCAAAUCAAUCAACAUGGCGCUGAAGCUCAAGUGAAUCGACGAAAGACGUGUCGAGAAGUGACUAUCACGGUUCAUAUCGCCCGUGCUAAAAUUGACGUGACACUUGAAAUUUCCUAUUUGAUCAGUAAUUGUUCUUGGAGUGCCAGUUAUGAUGUCCGUGUCAGCAGUGCCGACGUGAAUCGACAGCGAACACAAUUAACAUAUUAUGGAAUUAUUGUGAACAAAAGUCAAGAAAACUGGCAAGAUGCAAGUUUUUCAUUGUCUACCGCAACGCCGUCCUUAGGUGGAGUACCUCCGAAAUUGCACACACUCAAAAUUGAUUAUUACAAACCACCUGUCAUUUAUCAUAGGCAACGUUCCCAAUCAGAAGCAAAUGAGUUGGAGUCUUGUUAUGCUUUAGGAAAAGCAGAAAUGGCUAUAAGACCGCAAAUGAAACGUUCAAAGGGUGCAUUCAGAUCAUUUCGUGGUAAAUUAUCACUGGCUUAUGAUCCAACCAUUGAAGACUACGAUGAAGAAUCUGCUGAGACAACAGUCAACGUUCUUGCCUCAAAAACCGAAGCCAGUAUGUCCAGCACGAGUUUUGUCAUUCCACGUCGAUCAACUAUCGAUUCUGAUGGUAAACCACAUAAGGUCACGAUCGGUGUUUUAGACCUUACUUCAACAUUUACAUACAUGGUUGUGCCAAAAAUGUCACUUCAUGCAUAUCUCAAAGCAUCGACAGUGAAUACAUCGGAUAAACAACUUCUUACAGGACCAGCAUCCAUCUUUAUGGACAACAAUUUUGUCACACAUAGCUCGAUCGAUAAUGUUUGUGUUGGUGACACGUUCGACCUUCCACUAGGUACGGAUGCUAGUGUCAAAGUUGAAUACAAGCCAGUGAAGAAAAUGACCGACACACAAGGUCUCAUUUCGAAAGUGCAUCAUGAGACAAUACGUCAUGAGACACAUAUUGUAAACACGAAAUCAACUGAAAUCACAGUAUUCGUUUACGAACAAGUGCCUCUGUCUUCGGAUGAGAAAAUCAAAGUUAAAUUACUUUCACCUGAACUACGACAAAAGGAUAACGCACGCAACUGCACAGUAACGAUGAACGAUCGAAACAAUUUAGAAUGGAAAUGUAUAUUGCCAGCACAUGGAGAAUAUAGAUUUCCGUUAGAAUAUACACUUGAAUGGCCAAAAGAGAAGCGUGUUGAAUUCAAGGAAGAGUAG